AUGGAUUUCCAUCUCUCUCUUUCUUCCAUCAUCAUCAUCCUAUUCCUCUCCUUCUUAACAAUACUACCGCCGUCUUACUGCGACGAAGAUGAUCCUUUUGUGGUGUGCAACAGUACAUAUGCCUGUGGAAGCGUCAACAUUUCGUUCCCUUUCUGGGGCGGCGGCCGACCUGAAUAUUGCGGUCAUCCAGGGCACGAGCUCAGUUGCCACGAAACUGAUGAUGAGUACCCGGUUAUGGGAUUUGAAGGUCUAGACUUCCGCGUGCUAAACAUCAACAAAUCUUAUCCAACCUUUACCAUUUCAAGGUUGGACCUCUUGGAUGGUCCUUGUUCUCCACCUCUAGAGUUGAGAAAUACAACCUUGAAUUACACUUUGUUUCAUUACACUUCAACCGAUCAAAACUUAACUAAACUCUACGGCUGCCCUGCUGUUCAAGACAACAACAUACCUGCACUACGAAAUAGAUUUAAUUGCAGCAAAGGAGCUCCUGAUGGGAAAUUUAAUGCUUAUUUCCUGGAAAACGAAUCGCCAUUGGGCGUCGAAUUACAUGCACGACUUAGAAGGGAUUGCGACAACAAUAUCCAGGUUCCGAUUCUCCGGAAUACUAGUGCUAUUGCUCUUCUUGACGACCCUCAGGGUGGAGGCCCGGCAGUUGAGAAAGCAAUGGUUCAAGGUUUUGAGGUGGAAUACAGCAAUGGAUUGGGGAUUCUCUGUAGGGGGUGUGAGGAUUCAGGUGGGGUAUGCGGUGGUUCUAACUCCACGGGGGCGUUUGUCUGCUAUUGCCGUGACCAAUGGCAAUCUAAUGAUACAUGUCCGAUUCAAAUGAAAGAAAAAAUGACCAACUUCUUUAGAAAUAAGUUAGGCGAAGGGGGCUUUGGUGGUGUCUACAAGGGAAAGUUACAAGAUGGUUCUCUUGUGGCAGUGAAGGUUUUGAAAGAAUCAAGAGGUAAUGGAGAGGAGUUCAUUAACGAGGUUGCAAGCAUUAGUAGGACAUCUCAUGUCAACAUUGUCACUCUUUUGGGCUUUUGCUUUGAGGGUUCUAAACGAGCUCUUAUCUAUGAGUUUAUGCCUAAUGGAUCACUCGAGAAGUUCAUAUACAAAGAAAAUCCCUCCAAGGCUAGUUGUCGAUUAGAAUGGGAGACUACAUAUAAGAUUGCACUUGGCAUUGCUCAUGGACUAGAUUACUUACAUAAAGGUUGCAACACACGAAUCUUGCAUUUUGACAUAAAACCUCACAACAUUCUUUUGGAUGAGAAUUUCUGUCCAAAAAUUUCUGAUUUUGGCCUUGCAAAAAUAUGCGCUAAAGAAGAGAGUAUCAUAUCCAUGUUAGGUGCAAGAGGAACCGUAGGAUAUGUGGCACCAGAACUUAUUUUUAGAAAUAUUGGGAGGGUAUCUCACAAGUCAGAUGUUUAUAGCUAUGGAAUGAUGGUUUUAGAAAUGGUUGGGGGGAGAAAGAAUAUUGAUAUCGGGGUUGAUCAUACUAGUGAAUUAUAUUUUCCACAUUGGAUUUACAAGCGUCUAGAACUAGAUGAAGAACUGGGAUUGGAGGGCCUUAUGAAGGAAGAGGACAAAGAAACUGUAAAGAAGCUGAUAAUAGUGAGUUUGUGGUGUAUACAGACUGAACCUUUAAACCGACCACCAAUGAACAGAGUUGUGGAUAUGUUGAAAGGAAGCCUCGAUUCCUUACAUAUCCCACCCAAGCCGUUCUUGUCUUCCCCGCCAAGGUCACCCACACAUCAAUCAACUACAAUGGAGUCAUCGAUCAUGGAUCAUUCUUAAAUGUACUAAAAUGCAUCUUUUCUUGAAAGUGAAAUCUUAGUGCUAGAUAAUA